AUGGCGCCGUCUUACAGGAUCAGCACGCAGACGAGACGAGGCGCCCGCAACACGUAUCCAGAGCACGACGACUUUGAGGGCCUGCCGGUGCGCCAAUGGCGCCACGAGUGGAUCAACGUCGACCCUCCCCAACCGGCCCACGCAAACGACUCGAAGACGAACAAUCGGUGGUCCUACGAGCUGCCACACGGCAUGCCUAAGGACUGGCAGCUGCUGCCGCCGCAUACCCAGGACUUGCUGCGCGCUGCGCGCUCCGGCAUCCUGUACAAGCGCCGCGCCCCGGCUGAGGAGGACGAGGCCGAUGCCGACGUGACCGCAGCGGCUGCCACGGCUGCAGCAUCGGGCGGGGGCCCGAUGGCGGACGCGUCGAGCUCCGUGGCGGACUUGACGACGGCCGAUUCUGCGGCUAGUGGCGCUGAUGCGGCAGCGGCUAAGAAGAAGGGCAUCCUGCUGCUGGCCGGACAGGCAACUCCGGCAGCCAGUGCCGUCACUACGGCCGCUGUCACGGCCCCGGCCAAGGACGAGACUCUAUUGUUGCGGGUGUGGAAGCAGGUGUCGCGCGACGUGGAGUCACCACUGGCGUCGCAUCUGGCCAAGCGCCGCAAGAACACGGUGGUAUUGCCGCCAAAGCAGACGGUCGAGAUCGCCAGCAGCGCCAGCGCCAGCGUCACGAGCAUGCCGAUGCCCAUGGUCACCGUGGCCAAGGUGCGCAAGCUCGACGCCGCCGGCAAUGCAUACGAGCAGACGGUGACGCUGGCUGACGGCCAACAGACCGUUGACGGCGGUGAGAUCCUGUCUACCACGCUCGUGCCCGCCUCCAACCGCGACCUGCCGCCACAGCAGCAGCAGACGACACCCAGCCGCAAGCGCAACCCACCGCCUCGUCGCAAGGGCAAACCAAUGACCGACUUCCUCGAGGAACAGUCCGAGCCGGCAUCGUCGGUUGUGCAGAGCGGCGCUCGGUCAGAGCCGGAGCCAGGACAGCAGGCCGACGAUCAGCCGGACGUGGCCAUGUCGGAUCAGCCGGCAGAGGAAGUGGCUGUUCCAGAGCCAGAGGUGGCGGCAGAACCGGAGGCACCAGCAGCAGCGCCAGAAGCAGAGCUCAAGGUGGAGUCUGUGUCGGCAAAGCCCACGCCAGAAGCAGAGGUCACACAAAUUGCAGAAACUACAGAAGCUGUAGAGACUGCAGAGGCUGCACCCGUCACAGCACCAGAGUCCACAACAGAGUCCGUGACAAAGCUGCCGGCAGCAGACCCUGCGCCAGAGGUCCAGCUGGAUGCGGAGCCAACAACGAUCGAACCUCUGUCCGAGACGCCGCCCCCAAAAGAAGAGUCGCUGUCAGAUAAGGUGGACAGUCCUGCCGCGGCAAAUGUGGCUGAGCCUGUGGCUGAGCCCGUGGCUGAAGAUACCAAGGGCGAGACGCAGCCAGCCAGCGAGGACUGA